AUAUUGGGUCAUAAUUUGUAACAUUUUUAUUGUUCAAAAAAAUAAAAUAAUUUGUAACAUUUAAUCUCACGACGUAUCUUUUAGCGAUAAUUGAUACUAGUAGUGUGUGCUGGGAUGGUUUUUGGCUACUAGAGAACAAGACAAUGCAUGUCACCUUGUAAUCAAAUGUAGUUCCCGUGAUUCGUUUUUGAUGAGUCUAAGGGCGUGAUUGGUAGUUGCUGUAGGUGCUGUCCACAGCUCUAUUUAUUUAUACAGCACCAAAAUCUAAAGCCACAGCACAAAUUCCACAAAUUUUUUUUUACAGCAAAAAUUCUACAGCUACAGAUAUUACCAAUCGAACCAUAAAUCGACUGUCACACUAUUACCAUUGCAAAGACACGUUCAAUUUUUUUUUUGCCACUAUCUCCCGAAAUAAUUGUGGCUCUUUGCAAAUUGUAAGUGCGGAUUGGUGAGGUAUCUGAAUAGUGGUUUUGCUUGUUGUGUUGGUCCUUUCUAGAUUAGAUCGAAUUGGUGUUUGAAACUUUUGUUUUUGUUGUUUUUCAUUGUCACUGUACUUUUAUCAAAAAUCUAAAAAUAUAAUAAUAAUAUCUUUACAUUUUUAUCAAAAAAAUUUAAAAAUAUUUUUUUGCCACCCAGCAUGCUCUAAACAGACAAAAGCAAUGUUCAUCCUUUUUUCCAAAAAAAAUAUUUUGUUUUGAACAGGACUAAUAUACAUCAUAACUUUUAUAGCAAAAAAAAAUUUGAGAUUUUCCAAUUCAUUUUUUGAAAACAAUAAACGUAUAUAUUUUUGUAUUAAACCAAAAAUUAUUUUUGUUUGGGGGUGUGUUUGAACGAUAGAAAAUAAUAAUAUCUUUGAUCUAAUAUACAUACACAUCCAAAACUCGAAAACUAUGAAAUUAAAUAAACCCCCGCUGCCUUCUUCUUCUUCUUCUUCUUCUUCUUCCUUGCUCUGCGCCGCGCCUCGUUCUCUCUGUGAAACUCUCUCACCCUAUAGACCCAUUCCUCGCAGGGUAAAGGUUUCAUCCUCCACUUUGGCCAAUGCAAAGCUUGUAACUUUGAAGUCUUGUGCAGCUAAGUUUCACCUGUGUUCUUCCAUGGCCACCUCUGAUCAUCCCCGCUCUCGCCACCACCGAGACGAAUCCCCUACAAAACCGAACAAGAAGAAGAAGGCAAGCCACAACCAAGAAAAGAACCUCCUUGUCAGUCUCCAUUCAUGUUCAAAGUCCAAAAACCUCUCAGCUGCGUUGUCUCUUUACGACGCAGCCAUCGCUUCCGGCGACGUCAGACUCAGCCAGCAACACUUUCAGUCCCUUCUUUACCUCUGCUCCGCUUCCCUUGGUGACCCAUCUCUUCAAACCCUUGCCAUUGACCGUGGCUUCCAGGUUUUUGAACGUAUGGUUGGCUCAGGAAUUAGUCCUAAUGAAGCAUCUGUUACUUCAAUGGCUAGACUAGCUGCUGCCAAGGGGGACGGUGAUUAUGCAUUCAAGGUUGUGAAAGACAUUGUUGCUGUUGGCGGCGUGUCUGUCCCACGUCUGAGGACUUAUGCUCCAGCUUUGCUCUGUUACUGCGAGAGGUUGGAGGCUGAGAAGGGUUACGAAGUUGAAGAGCACAUGGAGGCUUCAGGCAUCGUCUUGGAGGAGGUGGAGAUCUCGGCUUUGCUUAAAGUAAGCGCUGCCACGGGAAGAGAGAACAAGGUUUAUAGGUAUUUGCAUAAGUUAAGGGAAUAUGUUGGCUUUGUUAGUGAAGAAACCUCAAAAGUUAUUGAGGAAUGGUUCUGUAGUGAGAAAGCUAGCGAGGUUGUUAGGAUUGGUUCUGAUGUUGAGUUGCUUAGAGCAGCUGCUUUGAAGAAUGGGGGUGGGUGGCAUGGUCUUGGCUGGGUUGGGGAAGGCAAAUGGGUUGUGAAGAAAGGUAACGUUAGCGCUGAUGGAGAAUGUUUGAGCUGCGGUGAGCAUUUGGCUUGUGUAGAUACCAAUGAGGUAGAGACUGAGAAUUUUGUGAACUCUUUGGUGGCUUUGGCUGUGGAGAGGAAGGCGAAGAUGAAUUCAUCUGAGCCAAUGGAGGACUUCAGCGAGUUUCAGGAGUGGCUUGAGAAGCAUGGAGACUAUGAAGCUAUACUAGAUGGAGCUAACAUUGGGCUCUACCAACAAAAUUUUGCAGAUGGUGGUUUUAGUCUACCACAGCUUGAGGCUGUAGUGAAGGAGCUUUACAGUAAAAGUGGUAACAAAAAAUGGCCGCUGAUUCUCUUGCACAAGAAACGGGUGAACGCGCUUUUAGAAAACCCUAAUCAUCGGAAUGUGGUGGAAGAGUGGAUUAGUAAUGAUGUUCUAUACACGACUCCACCAGGUUCUAAUGAUGAUUGGUAUUGGCUUUAUGCUGCUGCUAAAUUCAAGUGCUUGCUUGUGACUAAUGAUGAGAUGAGAGAUCACAUUUUUGAGCUAUUAAGUACCAGUUUUUUCCAAAAAUGGAAACUAAGGCAUCAGGUUCGGUAUACAUUUGUGAAAGGAAGUCUAAAGCUUGAAAUGCCACCUCCUUUUUCGGUUGUGAUCCAGGAAUCGGAGAAAGGUUCAUGGCACGUUCCGAUCACGUGCAAAGACGGUGAGGAGUCUUUAAGAAACUGGAUGUGCGUUACGAGACAGAGUUGAUAGAGAGAUUCACUCGACGUUGUUGUAUUUUUUGCUAUAUUUGUAUACGUCAGCAUCAUUUUUGACCAUGCAAACAAUCAGAACCUUUGUCUUAUUCUUAAAAGUUGUUUUAUGUGGUUCAAACUUGCGAACCAAAACGAAACUGGUGCAAGUUUUUAAUUUUUGAGUCUGGAAAAACCGGGGAAAAUGCCAAUUUCACCAUAAAUUUGUUUUUU